AUGACAACAACUACUUCCAUAAACAAUGCUGCCAGUGAUGAAGAAAUUGCCUUGGAGACAACAGAUAAAACGGAAAAUACCUCUUCACCAACAAAAGAUGUCAAUAAUAUUAGUAAUAGUGAUAGUCCUUUCCAUUUACUGGAAGGCCGUUGGACAUUCUGGUACACACAUCGACCAACGACGUUUCGCAAUAGUGCAGUUAAUUAUGAUUCUUGUCUGAAAAAACUCGGCACAUUUGGUUCAAUAGAAGAAUUCUGGUGCUACUAUGAUCAUAUGAAGUUUCCAGCCGAUCUUCCACUCUACAGUGAUGUCCACUUGUUUAAAGAAAAUCUCAAGCCAAUGUGGGAAGAAGAAGGCAAUCGUCUUGGUGGAAAAUGGAUUUUACGAUUGAAGAAAGGUCUAUCAACGCGUCUCUGGGAAUUACUUGUUUUGGCUGUUAUCGGUGAACAAUUUAGUGUCGGAAAGGAAAUCUGUGGUAUUGUUUGUUCGAUUCGACCACAAGAAGAUCUGAUUAGUAUCUGGACAAAAACGGCAAACAAUCAAACAGUUACACAAAGAAUUAAAGAAACAAUGAAGAAAGUACUUAAUCUACCACAAGAUUGUCCGAUGGAAUACAAAACUCAUAAUGAUUCAUUACGUGAUAAUUGCAGUUAUCGAAAUACAGAUCGUAUGACCGAUCAUUUCUAUCAGUCGGCGAAUCCAUUAUGGUACAUACCUUGUGACGGUGGUCUUCUGGUCUUAACUAUCUUAACAUUUUGGCGACAUAUUGUAUCCUACGAUGCACUGGGUUUCCUAGUGUUUCUACAUGUGUUCGAAGCGACAAUAGCCUGGCGCAUAUGUAAACGUUUAAAUAUUGACUCGGAGAAUACCUGGCGAUGGUGUCGACAAACUCUACUAUUAGGUUAUCCUUCGUUAGGUAAACUGAGACGAUACGAAGCUGAAAAACGCAAAUCAGCGUAA